AUUCUAGAAUCUGUCGCAACACCAACCGGACACUUCCCAGACAGUAAUUACAUAGAGGAGGACAAAUAUUCACCUGGGUUCCUCACGCUUGGCCAGAAGUACAGCAUAGCCAUCGGCUCAACGGUGGUGUUGCCAUGCAAAAUAAAUGAGACAGAAAACUCUAGUCAGUACGUACUGGCAUGGAAGCGCGACAUCGCCGUGCUGACGGCCGCAAAUGUUAAGGUUACGGUCAACCCAAGGCUUCGCCUGAUGCCGGUCCAGGCCCACUCCGACCAGCACGGGUCGCUGUCUACGGGCUACAACUUGGAGAUCCGGGACGUUCGCAUUACGGACGCCGGUGAUUACAUCUGUCAGAUCGGUUCAAUGGAGCCGAAGGAAAUCGUGCAUACGCUUGAGAUACUGGUGCCACCGAAAAUUGACUAUAUUUCACCGGCGAACAAGCUGGACAUCCACAAAGAUGCCGCGAUACGAAUGGAAUGUCGUGCGACGGGAAACCCAACACCCAAAAUUAUAUGGUCUAGAAAGAAUAAUGUAAUGCCUAAUGGAGAAGCCAACAAGACUGGGAACGUGCUGGAAAUAGUGCAUGCAAAUCGGCACACCAGUGGCCAUUAUAAAUGCACCGCUGAUAAUCGGGUCGGUCAGCCGGACUCCAGGGAAGUGCUCGUCAAUGUGCUGUAUCCCCCAGAAAUUGAAGUGGAGCAACCGAUAGUGCACAGCGGUGUGGGACAUGAAGCACAGUUAGUGUGCAUCGUGCACGGAGAGCCAACGCCGAGCGUCAUCUGGUACCAGGACACGACACAAAUUGGAAUCACCGAGCAAUUCUCACAACAGAACCGUGGUAACAAGCAUAGUCUCAUUAUCCGGAAUGUCACAUACUCCGAUCUCGGCAACUACACCUGCCAGGCAUCGAACGCGUUAGGCAAGGAUCGUGGAAAGCUGUCCCUCAGCGGUUUGCCCACCCUCUGCUACUUUGACUCGCCCACAUUGAGCAGCUACCGCGAUCAGUACAACAUUUCCUGGACGGUGCAAAGCUACUCGGCCAUCCGCGAGUACCGGCUGUUUUUCCGUUUGGCCUCCAAGGGCAUGCACCUGCUGCACCACGAAAAGCCCCUCGAGAACCACAUAUACAGCGACCGAGCGGCCGGCGGUGGUGCCAUCGGGGGAGGGAGCCAGCAUCUGUACAACGGCCAGUAUGGGGUCGGCGUCGGUGAGCAGUGGGAGAACAUUGUCAUCCCGGAAAUGACUGAUCAUGGGAUACCGAGCCACUUUUACAACAUGGUGCCACCUUACGCAUCCUACCAGCCGGCCACGAUCCGGCACCGCAUGAGCUUCCAGCUAAAAGACCUCAAGCCAGCCAGCAACUACGAGGCACGGGUGCAGGCACGGAACGACCAUGGCUGGAACAAGCUUUCGAGCAUAUUUCACUUCUCCACACGCUCCGAAGAUAUGGAGCUCGAGCCAUCCGCACAGCCGGCGGUCCACGGGGCCGGCCUACUAGAUAAGGGCUUGCUGAGCAGCAGCAGUGCCGCCACACCGACGUUCCCCGUCGCCCGCGUCCAUAAAUCAUGGGCACUUUCCAUUUUCACCGUUUUAAUUACUGCCCGCCUGCUUCCCUCACCGCUCGCCGGCAUCUUAUCGGCAGCAUGA